UUAAGAUAUAUAAUGAAUUGAUCAAGUUUCUGGCAGAUUGAAAAUCACUCCAAUUUUAUUUUAACAAUUACAAUAUGAUUAGAUUACACCAGUAGUAAGAGAAGAAAAGGAAAUUAAAAAAGAGCAAGCAAAGGAUGAAGAAGAUGCCCAAGAUAAAGUUGAGAAUGAAGAAAUAGAGGUAGAGACUGAGGUGGAGGGAAAGAGCACAUCCAAAGAAGAGUAUAAUGUUGAGAAUGAAGAAAUAGAGGUAGAGACUGAGGUGGAGGGAAAGAGCACAUCCAAAGAAGAGUAUAAUGUUGAGAAUGAAGAAAUAGAGGUAGAGACUGAGGUGGAAGGAGCUAGUAUAUCCAAAGAAGAGUAUAAUACAGCAGAAAAGCAGAUAUCUCCAUUGGCGCAAGCAAUUGACAAGAAAAAUGCUUCAGAUAUCAUUCGACACAUCGUCUCACAAAACUUCAACACAGAUUUGAGGGGUUUGGAGAGCUGCAGCCUGGUAACUGGUGAGAUACAGUUUCAGCCUAGAAAAAGACCAUUGAGGACAUAUAAUGGACCGGAUAUUUUGGUGCCAGGAGAAGGUCGGAUGAGUGUUUUCGACCUCCUGAACAUAUUUCCAGAUUUUGCAAAAAUUGCGGUUUACCUUUUUGCAAAAUCCCAUUUGGACCAUUAUGUACAGCAGUAUCAUAAAGUUGACAUGGACAACAUCAAGAAGGCCCUAAACAACAGAGGCCAAAGCAAGACAGUCAGAGACCUGUUAAUUGAGGAGGCCAAAAACCUGUUGACAGAUGAAAAAAUUGGUCCUGCAGCAUUAAUGUUUACUGCAGGAUACCUUAGGAAAGAGCUGGUGAUACACAAUGAAGAGGGGGUUACGGACUACUUGUGUGCCUGUCCUUGUGCUGAAGGGGUAGAAGUGCAGCACAUCUAUCAUGAUAAGGGAGACAACUUCUACCCCUUAUCCCAUAAGGAUUUAUGGAGAGCUGAUGGCCCAAGUACCCGUUCAAAAAUCCCAGACAAUUACCAGACAUUGGAAGAGGAUAAUAAAGGAUGCUUACCAGGAAUGGAAUCAGAUUCAGUAAUUUUUCGCCGAUAUGGACAUGAAAUAUGGCAGGGUGACUUAAACAGACUUUCAAAAGGUCAUUGGUUGGAUGACAGCCUUAUUUAUGUUGCAAUAAGACAUCAUCAAGAGACCUAUGCAACAGAAGAGAUUUACACAUUUGAUCCAGUUUUCAGCAGGAAGCUGUUAGCCAAAGAAAAUUGUCCUGAUGAUGGUUCUAGGCUGAUCCUACAUUCCUGCAAUAUAGACCUUGUGAAUGCCUAUAGCAGAAGAAUACCUUUUGAAGAGAAGCGGUUAAUACUGAUCCCUAUAUGUGACAAUACACACUGGAUUCUGGCUUCCUUUUGCCCAAAGACUUUCACUGUAACCAUUAUGUGUUCAAUGGGAGGUUGCUAUAGAAAAACAGCACAAUCACUUGGAAGAUACUUUGCUGCAAUGUAUGCCAAAUCUUUUGAGGAUGUUAAAAUAAGUCAUGCAAAGGUUCAAAAGCAGCAAAAUGGGAAUGAUUGUGGCGUAUUUGUAGUUGGAUAUGCUGAAUGUUUAAUGAAGAAUGGGAAUCUUGCAGAUUGGAAAGUUAAAGGCAGAUCGCAACUUCUCAAGAUAAUUAAAAAAAUGUACUAAACUUUUGUGAACUAUCAAUGUAAAGAUAAAAGUUGAUAUCAUGAUGUAUUCAUAAAUGAACAACAAAAAUAAAACAUGCAUGCCAAUUCUUUGAAACUGUAGUAAAAAAAGAAUACAGAAAUAAACUUUUUAGAACUAACAGUGUGGUAAACUUUCAUUGGGUUCACAAUAAAACUUGGAAUUCUAGGAUAUUGUGAGCUUACUUAAAAUAUGUACAAAAACUUUGUCCCAUAUAAGUACAGUGUAUUAUAUGUUAUUCAGGUCUCAGACAGGGUAUUUACUGUGACAUUCCCCGCUUAAGAGUUUAUAUCCCCUGAGCCGAGUAUAAAAAUAUUUCAUUUGUGUAGUUUUUCAAUAGAUUUUGGCAAUAUACUUAACACUUUUGUCAUGUAUUAUGCUUAUUCAAAUUGCCUUACUGUUUGCUUUAAAAUUCAAUUCACUUGGUUUCAGUUAGCUUACGCGUAAAAAAACCAAACUGAUAUUAUUUUCAUUGAAGUCUUUAAACUAGCUAAUUCAGUUAACUGAUGAAAAAAAAGUACAUAUAUUUUACUAGGAUACUCUUUAUUCUUAUCAGAAUAUUAUUAUAUCUAAAAAUACAUCAAUUAAGAUAUAUAAUUUUUCUUUUUCUCAAAGAAUUUUUUUUCUUAAUAUAUAAUAUUGGUACUUAUAUAUGUGCACUACAAUUGUAUGAGUGAUCAAUUUUGUCAACUAUUUAAUUAGGUUACCUAUGGGUUAGCAUAGCAUUGGUUUAUUGUGUGUUAGCUCCUAACAGGCUAUUAUUUGAACUUGGAAUUAUUUUUAAUUAUGGAAUUUCCAUAAUUUCUUGUGUUUAUUUUUUUUUUUAUUACAUUCCAUGUUUUUUUGGGUUUGAGCGAUUAAUAACACUUUCCGGACAAUGUAUUUUGGUUACGGUACAGUGCAUUCUAUUGAAAAUAUACUAUUUUCUUUGUAUUGAUAGAAAGUGUUGUGUGCGCAGCACAGAACAUUUCAUGAAAGAAAAAACAUGCCAUUUAUCCAAAAAUUCUAUAACAAGAAAUCAAGCAAAUUCCAUUAUUGAAAAUAGUUCCAAGUUCAAAUAAUAAAUAGUCUGUUUUCUGUUGUUGUAUAUACAUGUUUUUCAUAAUUGUAUUGUCAUUACUGUACAGAUAUUUUGUCUAUUUAUGUAUGUAUGUAUAUUAUGACCUCUUGUACACUUUUGUUUCUGAGGAUAAUAAGACUUUGAAUCUUGUGUCUUGGUUAUGGGUAAUCAGAAAGGUAUGACUAAUGGAUGUGUAUUUUUCAAAAGCCUCAUUUUUUAUUAUCUUAAUGAACACCAUUAACGUUACAUAUUACAUAUGUUAUAUAUGAAGUAUGAAACUUUCAAUUGUAGCAUAAACUGGUAUUUUUGUCUUUUCAUGGACUUUAGUUUUUACAUUUACUGUAACAUAUUUUAGGUAUUCACUUAUGUUCUUCAAUAUUUUAGACAGCUUUAUAAUUUUUUUAUUUUUUUUGUCUUGCUUCUAUGGUUUUCCAAAUUCUAUUUUCACCUUAAAUGUUGAUUCCCUGUUCUUCUUAAUAAUAAUUCAUAUUGAUUAAACCAGUUACACUUUUUAAGUAGAUAAUGUGAUGCCUUCUGUUCUCAUGUUUUUGCUUGGAGUGACCUUUCAUACCUGCUGGUUGUUUUGUAAAAAAACAUUAAUUUGAUUUGUAUUAUUUGUGUGUUCAUUUGAUAAAUGUCUAUUUGUAUUUUGUAAUUGUCAUAAAUUAGUUACAGCUGCCCAUACACACUAUCAGAUUUUUUUUACUGCCAUUCCAUAACUUGUACCCAUAAGUUGGUUUCAGUCUAUUAAGUUUGGUGAAGGAAAUUAAACAUAACUACAUAUUCCACAUUCAUUAUAUUUUACCUUCAGAUUAUAGUAUUGCCAUCAGUAUUCACUACUUUGUUCCUUCCUUACACAAGAUAAACAUUAUCCAACUUGUUUAUAUUAGAACUUUCCUGUCAUUCAUAGCUGUCUACUUUCACAAUCUAUAU